AUGGGACAGUUGAAAAAGGAAGAAAACUUUUCAAUUAUGAUUUUCGACCAUAUGAGAUUUCUAUUAAGGAUUAAAGCCUUUUAUGCAUACUGAUUAUUUAAAAGAAAACAGCCCUGCCAAUUUGCAUUUAUCCGUGCUUGCUGUCAGAAAAUUCCAAGAAAUUCACGUAUUCUUCCUGAAGUCCACAAUGAAGACCAGGCAAAUCUUUGCAUGGCUUAUGCAAGAUAA